CUUACGAGGUGAAAGAUUCAAGAUUGUUGGUGGGCAAAUCCUGUGACAGAGUGAGUGUCUCUUUUCUUAAAAACAAAACAGAAGAGGUUGUUUGUGAAGCCCUAGUCCACUCGUCUCAUCUCUAUCCUGUGGCUUCUCUUAUAGUUAUACUCCUGAGUAUCUCUCUCUUUCUCUUUUCUCUCUCUUCUCUCCUCUCCUCUCCUCUCUAGUAGUGAAGUGAAUUAGGGAGAAAGGGAGGGAGCAAUGGCGGAAGAGCCAAAAAAAGCAUCAGUAUCAGUUUGGAAGACUAUCAAACCCUUCGUGAAUGGAGGUGCUUCUGGUAUGCUGGCUACUUGUGUGAUUCAGCCCAUUGACAUGGUCAAGGUGCGAAUACAAUUGGGACAGGGGUCUGCGGUCAAUGUCACCAAGAACAUGCUUCGCGAUGAGGGUCUUUCUGCUUUCUACAAGGGUCUCUCUGCAGGUUUGCUCAGGCAAGCCACUUAUACAACUGCUCGUCUUGGAACCUUCAGGAUAUUGACCAAUAAAGCCAUUGCUGCUAAUGAUGGGAAGCCUCUACCUCUCUACCAAAAGGCUUUGUGUGGUUUGACUGCUGGAGCAAUUGGAGCAUGUAUUGGUAGUCCAGCUGACCUAGCACUCAUCCGCAUGCAAGCCGAUGCAACCUUACCGCUGGCACAACGACGUCACUACAAAAACGCCUUUCAUGCACUCAUCCGUAUUGUUGCCGAUGAAGGUGUGUUGGCAUUAUGGAAAGGAGCCGGACCUACAGUUGUCCGCGCCAUGGCACUAAACAUGGGUAUGCUUGCCUCCUAUGAUCAAAGCGUCGAAUUUUUCCGGGAUUCUCUAGGUUUUGGAGAAACGCCCACCGUUUUAGGAGCCAGUGCCGUGUCUGGAUUCUUUGCUUCAGCCAGCAGUUUGCCAUUUGACUAUGUCAAAACACAAAUACAAAAAAUGCAGCCGGAUGCAGAGGGCAAGUACCCCUACACAGGUUCUUUAGAUUGUGUGAUGAAGACCUUGAAAUCCGGGGGCCCACUCAAAUUCUAUACUGGCUUCCCUGUGUACUGCGUUAGAAUUGCACCCCACGCUAUGUUGACAUUGAUUUUCCUCCAUCAGAUCCAGAAGUUUGAGACUUCUGCGGGAUUGUAGACUGUAGAGUCAGUGCAACUAUAAUGGACAUGAAAAGAGAGUUCCAUGGCUCCAGUAUUUCUCAAGCUCCUACGAGUUUCAAAAGCGAGACUACCCAAGUAUUCUCAAGGAAAAUUAAUAUCCAGAAGCAUCAAGCACGGAUCUUUAAUUUCUGCAAUUUGUAGUCUAGUCUUUCGCUUACAUGAUCAUCAUGCACCAUGCUUCUUUAGAACAACUAAUAAGGAAAUUGGCACCUUCAAGUUUAGCACGUUGUAUUCAUUACAUAAUUGGUGCACUUAGUGAGUCCAUUAUCUUUGUGCUCCUUCCUCAGCAAUGCACAUCAUAUCGUGUAAAACAUUUCGCAGUAGAUAUUCCCCACAAUACAUAAUGCGUCUAUCAUAUUUAA